UAAGACAAGGUUUACUGCCACACUGCUUCUAACAUAACAGAGCAACAUUACUUAGAAAAAAGUUUGUGGGAGCAUUUUUAAUCCAUACAUUUGCCUAUGGCUACAUAAGGAUUUUUCUGAGAAAAGAAGCAUGCCAGAAAACUCUGAAUGCCAGUUUUAUGUCUGGGCAAUUCUAGCCUUCUUGGGUUUAGCUCUGACUAUAUCGCUUAUCUUCAACAUUUCCCACUAUGUGGAAAAGCAGCGACAAGAUAAAACAUACACGUACUCCGAUGACUACUUUCCCAGGGAAAAUGAGUAUGACCUUGAAGACACACCAAUUUAUGGUAACUUAGAUAAUGUGGUCCCAGAACCAGUGGAUGAAAACUACUAUGAACAAAUGAAAGCCCGGCCAGAGAGAUCUGUGAACAAACUGCAAGAAGACGCCCCACCUUCACAGGAAACUGAAGUAAAGAUGUUCUAUGCCUCACUAGAUCUCAGCUGUGAGGGGAAGCGCAGAAAGCACAAGAAACAGAAAACUUAUUUGUCAGACAAGGAUGAAGAUGGGCAGGUACAUGCAAUGGAUAUCAACCUUUCUAAGGCCACUUUGGUGGACAGUUUCCCACCAGAAAGCCAGGCAAUAGAGGAAAACAUUCAUGAUGAUCCCAUCAGGCUGUUUGGAUUGAUCCGUGCACAGAAAGAAACUGUAAACUAGCUGGACUAUGGAUCUAGCUCAGUGACCCAGCUCUUACUGGAAGUGGUUGUUAAAGAAAUGAAGACCCCAUAUGACACAACAUGAUUUGUCAGGGUGAUGAGCUGAUUGUCUGUUGGUGCGAUGGUGGCUUACCUUUUAU